AGUUUCUCUCACUGACUGUCGCCCGAAACCAUUGUCUUCUAUUCGUUUUUUACAGAACAAACUGGUAUCAGAACCCAUCCAAACUGGGCUUCUUCAUCGGGGCGCACGGUUCCGGGUUGGCAGUGGAAAUGGAUUUUUCAAGACUUUGUGGUUAUUUGCUUAUCAGUAAGAGCUCAUUCAUCACACGUGAGGCCGGGGCGGCAUUUUAUAUUAAAAAUGACAUGAAAAAAUUGUUAUAAAAAAAAAAAAGGAUGAUCAAAACAUUGGUGUCAAAUACCACCCCAUGUUAAUCUGCGCCCCCCAAAAACCACACCCAAUUCUUUACCCCUGUAAACUUGUCUCGUAUUUUUUGUGGCGACCCAAACAGCGAUACAAGAAAGAAAACGCCACAAAGAAAAGCUCAAAAAAUGUUUGGCGGAAAACUGCAGCAUUUCCAGCAGCGAAGUGGAUGAGAUUUUACUGAAAAAAAUCUGCAGGAAAAACUGUAAAAAAAUAAAUAAAUAUACCUAGAAUUUCACGAUACCUAGAAUGUUAGACAAAAUUCUAAAAAAAAAGGGCACAAAUGACAUCAUUGACUGUAGACUUCUGGCUUCAUGACUUCUGUAAAAAUGCAAAAAAAAAAAACUCUACGUGAAAGACCUGAGGCUGAGUUCACUGGGAUCCACGCGUUCUGUCGGCCAUGGCAGAUUAGUUUUUUUUCUCAUGUUGUUUGGACUAUGUGCUCUGCUCUAUCUGUCCCCCUAUGGAGUGUGAAUGGAGCAGGGACGUUGGCUGACUUUGUACUAUGAGGCGGCGGAGCCUGCAAAGGAUUGUGGGGGUUGUAGUCCCGGCAGCCCUGUCAGCAGGAUGUAGUUGGUCAUGUGAUUUGUGCAGGGAGAGGAGCAGUCACCGGGAGCCUUAUGUGUGUCCUACAGAUGGUUCGUGAUGUCUGACGCAGCGCUGGGGAAGGUCCCCGUGUCCUUCGAUGAGGUGGCGGUAUAUUUCUCAGAGGAGGAAUGGCGCCAUCUAGAGGAGUGGCAGAAAAACCUGUACAGGGAGGUCAUGCAGGAGAACCUAGAAGUCGUGCUGUCUUUGGGGUACCAGUAUCCCCAGACCUCUCCCCCACCAAGGCUGCUACCAGAGGAAGAGGCGUCUAUUACCAAUUAUUUUGGAUUUCGUUUGGAGGAAGAACAAGAGGUGAAUGCAGAAGACAAAGAAGAAGCAGUGCCCAGCCAUCCGAAACUUCUAAUAAAUGGUAAAGAAGCCAGUGAGCCGAGAAAACCUCGAGACAAUAGGAAAGUGCACAGAUGUGUAGAUUGUAGGACUGUGUUCGGCAGCUGGACGCUCCUUGAAGAGCACAAGAAAAGCCAUAAGGAAGGAAAGGUUCGGAGAGAAGACCUGAGUAAAGUCGUAAAGCAAGCGCUAACCCUGCAGUCUGUACCCCCGGCAGGAAAGGUCUUCCAAUGUAAUAACUGCGAUAAAUCCUUCAGUAACCAGUCCGUCCUAUCUCUGCACCAGAAAACGCACACGGGCGAGAAGCUCUUUAAAUGCUCUGAAUGCGGCAAGAGCUUCCCGAAGAGGUGCCAACUGGUGAUGCACAAGCGAUGCCACAUAGAAGAAAGACCCUUCAAGUGCACCGAAUGUGAAAAGAGUUACACCCAACAAUCAAAGCUGAUUGAGCACCAAAGGACGCACACGGGAGAAAAACCAUUCAAAUGCCAUGAGUGUGGGAAAGGCUUCACCAAAAGGUCACACCUUAAGGAACAUCUGAGGAUCCACACGGGGGACAAACCGCAUAAGUGUGACCAGUGUGAUAAGACCUUCCAUUAUCCGUCAAAUCUGGUGGAGCAUCAGAGGACUCAUUCCGGUGACAGGCCAUAUCAGUGCACCGAAUGCGAUAAGAGCUUCAUCAAGAUGUCCAAACUCAUCGUCCAUCUCCGGAUUCACACCGGGGAAAGGCCUUACAAAUGCACGGAGUGCGACAAGAGCUUUAGCCAACAAUCCAACCUUGUGGUCCAUCAAAGGACUCACACAGGAGAGAAACCCUUUAAGUGUAACGACUGCGAGAAAACAUUUAGCUACCAUUACACUCUCAUGGUCCACCAAAGAACCCACACAGGGGAAAAGCCGUACAAGUGCAGCCUGUGCGAGAAAGCCUUCACGCAACACUCUAGUCUCAAACUUCAUCUUAAAGUUCAUGAGUCGCAACUACCAGAUGAGCCAGAUAAGACGCCUCCAUCAACUCCAGACCAAACAACGUGUUCAGCUGGAGCAACAAAGACUGUAGAGUGCAGGCCUCUAUCCGCGGAGCCACCAGCAACCGUCACAAGUUCCCCAGAUGUUGUACAGGACUGUGAGGACAAUUAUCUUCCACGCUCACCCUUGAGCGAGUACUUAGGUGCCCUUUUACUUCCAGAUAAGAAGUAUAGCUGCACCGAGUGUGACAAAUCAUUCCUAGAUAAGUCUAAGCUGGUGGUCCACCUCCGAACUCACACCGGGGAACGUCCUUACAAGUGUUCCCUGUGUGACAAGGCCUUCAUUCAAUGGUCCCGUCUAACAGAGCACAGGAAGACGCACACGGGAGAAAAGCCGUAUGUGUGCUCUGAGUGCGGCAAGAGUUUUCUUAAGAUGUCCAAACUGACUGUCCAUCGUAGAAUCCACACUGGAGAGCGGCCAUAUACCUGUUCAGAAUGUGGGAAGCAGUUCACUCAGCAGUCCAAUAUGGUGAUGCAUCAGCGGAUCCAUACAGGGGAAAGACCCUUUAAGUGCAAUACCUGUGACAAGUCGUUCCGCUACCAGUCGUCUCUCAUUAGGCAUCGUCGGGAUCACACGGGUGAUGCGGAAACCUAGCAGGUCCUAAGAGCUUGCUGCAUAGUCUUAGAGAUUUCAAGAACUGUUCAUGGUCUGUGUCUCAGGGUGGACAAUAAAAAGGCUUCAUUCAUUU